AUGACGAGGGGCUGCCCAAAGAGGAGGAGGGCAUCACCUAUUACAUCCGCUACUGCCCUGAGGACAACAGCUACCAGCAGGGCACGGACUGCAGCGGGCAGGGCUACCUGGCCCACCUGGAGAUGCCACCUGGAGAUGGAUGAGUGCCAGGAGGCGGUGGAGGAGUGGACGGAGCCAGGGCCCGGCAACUCCCUGGAGGUCUGCCCGCUUGCCAAGGCUGGCUGUGGCCCCAGCAGACACGAGGGCAGGCCCAAAUUGCUGAACCUCCCUCCUGAGGCCAAGCACUUCGCCGAUGCCCAGAGGAGCUUCAAGACCAAGAUCAGGACCCCGGAGGAGAGGCCCACGUGGCUCCAAGAGGAGUCGACUGUCUCCUCCAAAGAGAACAGAGCUGCUCCUCGUCUUUCAGCCCAGCUCUCCUGUUUUCUCAGCACCUCAGCAGGACAAGAAAGACAGAGUCUACCAGAACCAAGGCCUGUGCCUGCUUGCCUCUUGGUCCCUGCGAGGUUCACCUUCCCUGGGGCUCCUGGAGACUCCUCAGGUGGCUACCUGUCGACCGCCCCUCCUCAGCAGAGACCAGACCUGCCUUCGUCUCCCAGCCCUCUGGCGUGUUUUCUCAACACCUCAGUGGAAAGGACCGAGCCUGCCAGAACUAAGGACACUGGGUUGCACUCUGAGAAGUUCCUGGAUCUCCCCUGGACCUGA